GAAUCACAUUGCCGAACACCCUGAGGGCCAACUGAGAUGACAGGGUCAACAAUAUGGCGCUGUCCAUGUCUUGCAGAAAUGGUCCAUUUGCUAUCGCUAGUUGAUAUGUGUGUGUCAGAUUUGCCAAUAAUUCAACAAAUAGCGAGGCAGAAUUAUUGGCUCCUCUCUAUAGCGCAUUUCAGCUGACCAUAAGGACUUAGGUUAACGCAUGAUCACCAAGCACCAUGUCUGGGUCAAAUGUGUGGAGUCGCAGUCGGGAAAAAAUACGACUUUUUUCUGAACUUUUUGCACAGUGUUCGGGAGAGGCGGCAGCCUAUGGGAAGUGUGUGGCAGCUACCACAACAGGAAGACAGGAGUUGAAGAAAGAUAUGUGUGCCAAGGAAUUUGAAGCACUGAAGACCUGCUUUACAAAUGCAGGGAAGAAAAGAGCCAAGUAAAUGGAGCCUGAGCCAUUCUGGCUGUAUUAGAAGAGUGAAUUCAGCAGAGCAACAAUAAAAUCAACUUAGGGGGAGGACAUGAAUUUGUGUUGAGUGACCUGUAAUGUUGGAAGUACACUGCUGCUACUGUACUUGGUUGUAAAAAUGAGCUGACACUUUUUUAAAAAUUACAUUGUUGAGACUGUACAUUCCUGUCAUCAAUCAAAACAAUGCAUUUUUCAGCAUUACUAUUUCCUGUAUUUUGCAAGAGUCAUCAAAUUCUGUAAUACAGAGAUGUGAAUGUACGUUGCUGAUAUCUUUCUGAACUGUCUGAACAAAGACCAACAGACAAA